UUCCGUUCAAAUAUAUGGAUCAAUCUCUUUUUUUCCCUGUUUGUUCUGUUUUUGUUUUGUUGUUUUUUUCCGACUUUUAUGUAGAUAUGAAUAGGAACUUCAUAAAAGAUUUAGGAGAAAACAAAUCCAAACCACUCCAUUUCCUGCAGUGCAGUGUUGUGUGUGUGUAAUUAUAACACAGUUAGAACAACAAGCACUUUAACUGAACUUUUUAGACUUAGUUUUUCUCCUGGGUACUGUAGUGGACACCAUAGGCCAUCGGUUGUGCUCCCUGAGGUCGUGGUUGAGCACUCCAGCCAAAAACCUCAAGAGAAUCUCCACAGAUCGGCCUCUGCUCUGAUGUUGGUUUAUUUGAAUUGUUUUUAAAGACAGUAUUGUAUCUUAAAUUGUUGUGAUGCAGCUUGGUUAAUGUCCACAUUCUUGCUAAGCGAGCCAGCUAUCAUACAAGCAGCUUCAGUGUGAUACGUGCCAUGUCAGGCCUACAGGAGUGUGCGUUUCAUUCCAUCCAGCAGGUGAUUUUUACAGUUCUGUCCUUUCACAGUUUGAAGAUAUGGUCAUAGGUAACAUAUCUGUAGUUCAUGUAGUUAUGAUGUUACAGCCAUAGUUACAGUGUGUGUGUGUGUGUGUGUGCGUGCGCGUGUGUAUGUGUGCUUGCAGGUGUGUUCAGAUAUGUAUGAGUGAGCAAAGUUGCUCACAUAUGUGGUCUAAAUGGCCUGCGUGAAAUUCACUUUGAAUCAAAUCUAAAAGCAUUAUGCAAAUAUGUAAAAUGUAUGUAUCCAUGCAAUUCUUUAUCAGAAUAAUCCAAAUGCUAUUCUAUUUAUAAACUGUAUGUCUUACCUCCAGGAAAAUAUCUGUGUAUAUUUUCGUAAGCUUUUGUUCGGCACAGUGCUCCUCGCAGGCUAACGUUUGUUCUGGGGUUUGGGACGUCUCAGCUGGCAGUUAGCUACGGACAACUGGUGAUCUCUGUGUAUUUGUUGUGGUGCUGUAACUCCAGUGUUUUUACAUGCUUCCUGUGGUCAAAAAUGUACCGCCGUGGUCUACAGCCAGUGAUAAGAGUAGCUCUGCCCUCAGUGUUGUAGGUCAUUGUUGUGAGCCGGAGAGGUUUGAACCAGAGGUGGAAAGAGAAUUGGCUGCGAAUCGACGGAACUCUGGUUGAAAUAAACUGUCAAAAUGAUGAUUAAAACAUGCCUUUUUAGAAGACCGUGUCAACAUGAAUGAUUCAGUCAUUUUGAUUUCUGAUCAGAUGAUUUGGGUUCAAAAGUACCAGUUAGGUAAAGCUGGGUUAGAUGUGCAUAAUACUUACCAUGUUAUUACCAAAUGACAUGGUCAGUGUUAUAAGAAUAAAAUAAAUUGUGAAAAUAAAGAAAAAAGUAACCUAAUUUAAAUUUUGAAUGUGCGUUUGGUUGACUUGAAACCAAAUAAUGGAAAUGAUACACAUGCUUUGUGAGUUCCAGAAAUGUCGAGAUUUUUCUUUUUAAUUUCACUGAAAGCAUUGUGUAGACUGUGUUAUGGACAGUUGCUCAUAUCACGCUUUCAAUCUGAACCCAGAUGGACUGUAUGAAUUUACAGUAAAUACUCUUCCUCCAUUUGAAAUGCAAAUCUGAAAACUAUUCAAAACAAAGAGUUUAAGGCUGAUUUCCCAAAUAAAAAUGGAAAAUAAAGGUAUAUAGACAUCCUGAGAGGAUCGAUUGACAUUUGGAUCCUGUCAUCAGGUUAAUACAUUUGUUACAUUUUUUUUCUUCUAAUAAAAAAACAGCUGUAGAUGAUCACAAGAGUGCUAAUUCCGUUUCCUCCUCCCUGGUGUCAAACCUGACUGAAUGCCCUGUAAGUUAUAGCUCACUGCUGCCACUGUGGUUGAAAACAAUCUCUGCUUUAUGAAAACAAAAUACACAAUCGUUAAUACCUCAGCCUGGCCUCUGUCUUGCUUCGCUCCUCUGUGUGACAUGGGGCGGCCUCGGCACGCCUGUGAAUCAUUUCCCACCUGUUUCGAAACGCACGCGCGCGAUAGGGGGCUCGCGGCGCUUCCCCUCCCAUCCGACAAGAUCCCAGUUCCGGGUUCUUCUCAGCCGAGAGCUGCCGCUCCUCCUGCUUCAGCCGGGCGUCUGCGACACGGGACCAUGUCUCUUUUAUUGGACAACCAGUUCCAAGAACUUGCCCCCGACAAGUCUGUAAACACGAAGACGUUCCUGGAAAACGUCUCUCACCUCCCUCCCUUCUUCGACUGCUUGGGAUCAAAAGUAUUUUCAGUCAUCAAAUCAGACAUUAAUGGCAAUAUAACGAAAAUAAGAGCAGUUUAUCUGAAGGACCCGGAAAAGUACACCACCUUGCAGAACAUUCUGGAGGCCGAGCGAGAAGCCAACGGGGCAGAAUGGCCCAAAGUUGGAGCCACGUUAGCACUGAUGUGGCUGAAGAGGGGUCUCCGUUUCAUACAGGUGCUGCUACAGAGUUUGGCGGAUGGAGAAAGAGACGAGCAUAACCCCAACCUGAUAAAGGUCAAUGUCACCAAAGCCUAUGAACAAGCGCUGAAGAAGUACCAUGGCUGGAUUGUCCAAAAGGUUUUCAACGCGGCGUUGAUCGCAGCCCCCUACAGAUCAAACUUCCUCAAAGCUCUGUCUAAAGGAGAGGAAGUGAAAGAGGAGGACUGUCUGGCAAACGUACGUCACUUCCUGGUAAAUUACACUGCCACUGUGGACGCCAUCUAUGAGAUGUACACAGAUCUGAACGCAGAGCUGGAUUACACAGUUUGACGUCAUACCAAAACUGGACCAGUGUUGCAGGAAUCAAUCCACUGAGUUGCUGCACCUGUCCAGUUUUUUUAAAAGGUGUUUUUAACUUGACUGAUUCAUUUUUUUCCUCUGUGUGGUAUUUAUUACUUUGAUUAUGCCUUACUAAAUAUUAUAUUUGUACGUCAGAUCUUAAAAUGAUGCUAAUGCCUUAAAUCUAAAGAAAUCAUAUUAAUUAUGUUUUAUUUAACUUCAAAUAAGCGCAGAAUUGUUAAAGUAACAUUCUCCCACUCUUAGCCAGGACGAUGUAUUUGUGGAUGUUGGGGGGACUUUAUGACUUUUAGAGUGGACUUUACCCUCUUAUAUCAUGAAGUAUAAGAUUGUAAAGCUGUUAUCACUGGACGAGAUUCCUGUUGUUUUCUUACAUUUGGACCAUCUCUGCUUCCUGACAGCUGCAGCUAUCUCUGUUGUUUACUUUGCCUAUGGAGUCGUUUACUAUAUAACUACUCUUUUCUUAAAAAAUAACAUAUUUAUCUUGAAUCCACAUUGUGCCUUGGUGCGGCUGAUUGAAGGCAGAAAAUCCUCAAAGCAAAUUUGAGGUUUUUAUGUAUGCAGUUCUUCCUUUGGUGUCCAUUUUUCCCUCAGGUGUGUUUUACUCAUUUGGACUUUAUGUUAGUAGAAAGUUGGGUGAAGUUGUGCUUCAUUUAAAAAAGACAGUUAAUAAUUUCUUAAUGCAUUAAUUAGAGCCAUAUUUUAUAAAUCACGGCUCAAUGGUAAAGUAUGGCUGUAUAGGCUGAAUCAUUUCUGUUCAAAUUCGAGUUUUCCAUGUGAGGCAAAAGAAAUUAAAUUAAAUUCAGUUCCAGGAUCUGACACCAGGUGGCAGCAUGCGAUUUUUUUUUGUCUACAAGUCAAUGGUGCUAUCCUUUCAUGGAAUAUUUCAAACUAUGUGUACUGAUUGUUUGAAUUUACCUAGAAUUUUAUUACAAGUACAGCUUUUGACAUCUUCAAGAGCUUCUUUUAUUUUCUAUUUAAUCUAAUUCUUGUAAAAAAAAAAAAAAAUCCCGUGACGGAUGAGCCAUUCUGGAACAUUUAAGGCUAAUUGCUGUUUUCGUUUUUCUCUAAUUUCUCCAAAGAGAAGUAGAUCAAAGGGAUGUGUGCCUUUCACAUGUAUCUUAGUGCUGCACAUCAGCCAUCCUCCGCCUCUGCCCACUCUCUGGUUAUCUGAAGUGUGUCCCAGAGGCCGCAGCGGCUCUGGUUCCUCUCCCAGAGGAGCCUGAGCUAAUCGUCCCUGAGCAAGAGGAAUAUGUCUGUAAUCCUGCAGGUUUAUCAACAGUCAUGCCUGAUAGGAUAAAAAACACAGCCAGAACAUAAGAGGGGAAAGGCUGCAAGUCAUUUACAACAACACCUCAAUGACAAACCAAGUGACCUUUAACUGGGCCGUAUUUGCUAUCUGAAAUGAGGUCAUCUGUCGGGGUUUCGAUCCUACUCCCAAACGGUGUGCCUAAUGCAUUACUUGCAUCAUUUGCAUAAUUUGUCUUAUAAUAGGCUACUUAAACUGGCUGCGCAUUUUAUGCGAUCCAAGUUAGGUGCUUCUAUAACAUCCAAUUUAGGAGGACAAAUGAGGCAAAAGGAGGAGAGCAGUCAAACACAGCACCGACGAUUAGCGAUUCAGCAGUGGGGUAACGGUCACUCCAAUUCUAAAUAAUGUGAACGCCAUCAUUCUUAAGCAUUUUUCAUAUCAAAAUGUAAUAUCUCAAGGCGGGGGUUGCACACGUUCAUUUGCAUAUGUAUUUUGGAGUAUUGAAAGGCUCCUGCCUCCAGCACAGCCCAUCCAUCCGGUCUAACAUCAUUCAGCGAUAAGAAAAUUAGCACGUUCAGCUUGCAUCGUUUAUAAAGGAACAAGUCCAGUGUGUUCAGCCAAGAAUUGACUGACAUCACAUUACAGAGCUGGAGUACUUCAGUGAAAAUGUGCAUGUAUGUAAAAAUGAUGAAAAUGUGUGUUUGGGGGGAGGGCUUGAGUGUUGAAAUCCAAAGAUUAAAAAAAAGAAAAAGGGGGAAAAGAGUCUCAUCUUUCAACAACUAGCUUAUCAUCCAUGGAAAUAAG